AACCUGAAUUAUAAGUUUUGGCUACUUUGUGCUCCAGAUGUUUUACGCAUUUUUUACUUUUUUUUUCAGGAUUAUUAUAAGACAGGAAUAAUUCGUUGUCCUGAUGGCAUAUCUAUUCCUGAACUGAGAGAAGCAUGCGACUAUCUUUGUAUUUCUUUUGAAUAUAGUACUAUUAAAUGUAGAGAUCUCAGUGCCCUAAUGCAUGAGUUAUCAAAUGAUGGUGCUCGUAGGCAAUUUGAAUUUUAUCUAGAAGAAAUGAUCCUUCCUCUCAUGGUAGCUAGUGCCCAAAGUGGGGAAAGAGAAUGCCAUAUAGUGGUGCUUACAGAUGAUGAUGUGGUUGAUUGGGAUGAAGAAUAUCCACCACAGAUGGGAGAAGAGUAUUCACAAAUUAUUUAUAGCACAAAAUUAUAUAGAUUUUUCAAGUACAUUGAAAACCGAGAUGUGGCCAAAUCAGUUUUGAAGGAGAGGGGUCUUAAGAAGAUUAGAUUGGGAAUAGAAGGUUAUCCUACCUACAAAGAAAAAGUAAAGAAAAGGCCUGGGGGCCGCCCAGAAGUGAUUUACAACUAUGUCCAAAGACCCUUUAUUCGAAUGUCCUGGGAGAAGGAAGAAGGAAAGAGUCGGCAUGUGGACUUCCAGUGCGUAAAGAGUAAAUCUAUCACCAACCUUGCUGCAGCUGCCGCAGACAUUCCCCAGGAUCAGCUGGUAGUUAUGCACCCAACUCCACAAGUGGAUGAGUUGGAUAUUCUCCCUAUCCAUCCCCCUUCUGGCAACAAUGACCUCGAUCCUGAUGCACAGAAUCCAAUGCUGUGAUGCUAAUGUUCCUUGAAACCAUAGCAUGCUACUCUCCUCACAGUGAUGUUGUACUCUCCUCAUUCUGCACUGCAAGGCCACUCUUCUUCAUUGUGAGAUGCACAUAACAAUGUUUAGGAUAUUGCAGUGUAGGCUUUUUUAAAGACCAAAGGUAGCUGAAUGGUUUUUUAAAUGAGUACAACUCUAGCAUCCUGAGGUUCCAGUUAUAUUAAAUGUAUUUGUUUACUGUUAGGUUUGUGAAAUUGGUUCUUUGUAUGGGGGACAGUCCUUUUUCAUACAUCUAGGUCUUUUCAGAAGAGGUGGAAAUUGGCAGCUGGGGUACUAUUCAGUCUACAUUGAUAUUUUUCACACCCCAGAUAAAAUGCAGAAUGUUAUAUAGUUGCACUUUAUAAAUAGUGGUUAAAUGGAACUGGUCAAGCCAUUUUAUGGUUGUGAUGCACUUAAAUAAGUGCUUCUAUCAGAGUAUUCCUUCAGUAAAAUGUGUAUAGUUUGCCGCCCAUAAUGAGCAAAAAAUGAGUAUUUAUCUUUUGGGGUUUAUUUGAAUGAUUAGGAUGAAAUUCAAUGCCCAUAUUUUACCAGUUCAGUUAUUUCCAGUGCCGUUUUCACCCUUUUAGAGUGAGUCAUAUGCAGGGAGUGUGAACAUCAGAGGUGGUUUAUUAUCCAGUCUGCCUUACCCUUAAUCUGUUCACAGAUAUUUAUUUACUAAUGCUUUUUUUCUUAAGAGUUAUGAGAUAGGAAAAUGAAGUGUUUGCUCUUCAUUUACUAAAUGAUUGUAAACUCGAGUUUUUCAUCAAAAUAAAAUUCCAUUGUUUUAAUGUUUCUGACCAA